UUUUGCCCUGUGCUGUUUUUACAUUUUAUUAAAAACGUUUUAUCGCACAUAUUUAUAUCAUCUAUAUUAGUUUAACAUAUGUUAUGUUGUUUACUGAUUUACGAUGAAAUCUCUGCAGCCCGUUGGUCGCGGUGUAGCUGACGGCACAUUGCUGUCUAUCAUUAAUGCGUACGAAUCUACUGAUUGGCACGGUGUUGCUCAGCAUAAUGUUGGUAAUUUUAGUUCGAAGGAUGAUGUAAAAGUUAUGAGUUCGGCUAAAUUGCUUCGAGAGGGCAAGGAGUUACUUAACGUUCUUUCUCGUGCCUAUUCUCGUUACACUUGUGCGAACGACUCGCAGAAGGCUUGGAUGCGCACUGCUGCUAAGGAUGUAUUUUUACCUCUAGAAAAGAAAUCGGUUGCUACUUUAACUGACUCAUUGGAUUCUAUGGCUGUCCUGGCUUCUGAAUGCUGUCCUCUGAAUUACAAGUUUAUAACUUCCCUGUUUAACAUGUGUCAAAACAGUGCUUUGCGGGUGAUGAUGUCAGCUGUUGAGCGUAUGCAUGCUGUAUUUAUGGAGGUACUGCCAAAUCGCAAGUUACGUUACAUUGAUCAACUCGACACUUCUUGUGUUACCUUUUUAAGUUACCAUUUAUCUUUAUGGGAGAAGAAUGGUGCAUCGACUUGGGAUUCAUUGGAUCCAAACGCUCGUUUAGUUCUUCAUGCUGUUAGUUUUGAGGACUUUUUCAAAGGGGCAUACGCCGCUUAUAUUCAGUUGGUAAAAGAUCAGCUUGAGGGUGGUGUAUUUUUUGUCCAGCGUCGUAUGCUGCAGUAUGUUUUUGAGAUGUUGGCUAAGAAGCCUGAGCAAGAGGGUUUGUUGUUGGACAUCCUUGUGACCACCCUAUUUAAUGGUGACAGCAAGUUAUCUUCUAUAGCGUCUACUAAGCUAACUGCUCUUCUUGAGUGCCAUUCGGGUAUGAAAGGGGUUGUUGUUAACCGAUUUGGUACCCUUUUACUGGGUUUACUUAGUAAGGUCAAAUGUGGAUUUACUGUUGAUAAAUCCAAGUCUACCUCCAAGAGAAAGAGGCGUGGCAUUCGAUCUUCUGUAUCUCCCGAAUGGAUUCCAACUUUACAAAGCGUGCAUCGUGGUUUGCAAUUUUUAUCUUCAAUAGCCUUUACUCGCAAGGACACCAAGGCCACUGCUGGAGCUAUAAAGUGUUACAUUUCAGUAUUAUCUUUCAUUUUUGCUACAAAACCGGAUGCCAAUAAUAGCCGCAAAUCAACUCCUGUCUAUGAACUUGAGGAGUUUUCACGUAUAAUACGUUGUAUUUCCUCUGGUCUCGAGCGUUGCGUUACUUUGCUGCGCAAUAGUGAUUCCCAGUUUGAUCUAUCUGACUAUAUAUCGGGGGAUAGUAGUUCAGGGGCUAAUUUGGAAUGUACCAUCAACAGCUUGUACAAUGCCGCUGGGAAUCCUGUUUCUCUCAAGACAAACAUAGCAUUGUUAUCUUUACUAUCCAAGAUACAUUCAUCUGAACCUCGGUUUUACAAUUUGCUUUACGAUCGCAUUCUAGAUCUUCGCAUAUAUGAGGCUGAGAACCGGCGUUAUUUUUUAUCGCUGGUUACUAGGUUUAUAACACAUGUCGAUGAUAUUUCCAUUAUUGCUGCAUUUGUAAAGCGUUUGCUACAGGUUGGUCUUUGUUUGGACAGUACAUCAGUUGGAACUGUCAUCGUUCGUAUAUGCCGCCUUGCCAUGUCUUCCAAACGUGAUUUGCACGCUAUGUUAAACUCCUCUAGUGACAUUAGUGGUUUCGGUAUGAAAGGCAAACCUACAUUCCAGGGGGCUGAUAAAUCCCACCUCUGGGAAUAUUACUUGCAACGUCUAUACUACCACCCAACUGUAUCUGAAGAGAGCAUGCUGUUACCACAAGCUUUGCCUAAUAAUAUGGUCGAUUUCGAGGUCCCCAGUCUAUUUGAAGAGUUAGGUGCGGCUUCUGGCCAGCUUAGUGGCGAAGGUUUUGAAUACACUCAACGUGCUUAUUGGACUGCCGGUCGUAAGGCACUGCCGCAUCAGUUAAUAUUCAAGUUAUUUAACGACUAUCGGUCUUUGUACGACACACCCCCUCCGGCGCGUAAAGCUAGUGAUUAUGAGGAGCGUGAAAUUUUGUCUGGCAGUGAAGACGAGGAACAUGUCGGUGACGAUGAUUCGCUAUAUAGUGAUGAUGAAUCUGUUUAUGGCGAUAAGGACGCUUUGGCGGGACCGCAAAUCGACUCUGAUGGGAUGGACUCAGACGACGACAUUGAUGAAGUUAUUUCUGAUGACGAUAGUGAUAUAUCUGAUGAUUCCGAAUACAUGAGCGAUGUGGAAGAUGAUAUGGCUUCUGACCAAGAUUUAUCUGAUUCAGAUGAGUCUACGGGAGAGUUUUCAUCUGGGUCGUCGGACAUUGAAGAUGGAAUGUUAUCAUCAGGGGAUUCCACCGAUUCUGAUACUUCGUCCGGUACAUCGGAAGAUGUAGAGCCACUGGGCAAGUCUAAAUACAGGACAGAAACUAAAGCCAUUGCUAAAUUGGAACCAAUUAAAGGUGCGAAAACACAUGGACCUGGAAAGGAGACAUCGCGAAAGAAACAAGGUCAAGUUAAAUUAGCCGUUACUGCUACGCCCACCAAAAAGUCCAAGGUCAAGCCAUCACAAGGCUCUAAGGACCCUACUGUGGCUCGCUCAGGUGAACCCGGCAGAGCCAAAUCAUCUCUAGCAAGUUCAUCAGACGAACUGAUAAUGGAACCGGGCGAUACUGGAGGCAAAGCGAAGGGACGCAAGGCAUCUGGGAAGCCGGACGCCUCUGUGGCUACCAAAUCAACUCGUCCCAGCAAGGAAGUUAAACCAGGCAAAAAACGUGAUGAUAAGCGUAAGGAGCACCGCCAUGACCCCUUGAGCGACAUGGACUCGGAAGGCGAACCUAAGAGGCGCAAAAAGAUAUCGCAAUUGAUCGAGAAGGCUACUAAAGGCAGCUUUGCUGACAUUUCAGAUAUUCCGGGAGUUGAGGAAUUUUUAUAAACGUAUGUGUACAAAGGGUUAAUGG